AUCUCCUUUUAACCGGCUCAUUUUGAUCGCUCCCAAUAAUAAAAGCUGUAAGGUACCUUAUCAUUAAUCAUUCAUUCAUUCAUUGUUUGAUGUGCAGAGGAGAGGACAAACAAAGCAUUGGGGAUGAAAACUCUAUUAAUAUUUCCAGUUAUCUGCGUUUUAGUGGCUUCUAGUGUACAGGUUGCGGUUCAGGAGGAGACUGUGAAUGUAGGGAUAAUACUAGAUUCUACUCCAUGGUCUGGAAAGAUAGCGAGGACUGCUAUAAAAUUAGGGGUGGAUGAUGUUAACAAUCAAUCUCAAUUACUCAACGGAGCUCAAAUGUUUGUUCACCUCCGAGAGGCUCAAACGCCAGUCCAAAGCGCUUCUGCCGCUGUUGAUCUUUUGGCCAACGAAGUAGUGGCAUUAAUACAAACACAAAGAUAUGAGGCUGGGCCGUUUAUAUCAGAUCUUGGAGAGGCUGUUAAUGUACCAAUUUUGUCACUGUCCGACUCAAGUCCCGCUCUCUCCAACCAGAGAUUCCCAUAUUUUGUUCGCAUGGCACACAGCGAUCGCAAUCAGAUGAAAGCCAUAGCAGCCCUGGUUAAACAUUACGGCUGGAGAAGCGUUGCAUUUCUUCACUCAAACGAUGAUUUUGGUUCCGGAGGCAUGUCCUCGUUGCGUGAUGCCCUUCUAGAUCUCGACUCUGAAAUCGUAUACACAUCAAUGAUUCCUUUAACUGCACAGGAACAAACAAUAAGGGAAGAGCUUCGUAAACUCAAGACAAUACAAUCAAGUGUGUUUAUUGUCCACGCUCCUUGUGAUCUGAGCAUGAAUCUAUUCAUGGAGGCGCAAGAGAUGGGAAUGAUGGAGACUGGUUACGUGUGGAUAGCAACCCAAGAGUUUACCAGUCUGUGGGAUUAUGUGCUAAAUGCUUCUACAAUGUCAUCUCUGGAAGGUCUCCUUGGUGUCAAACCACAUAUCCCAAAUUCUAAAAAGCUGAAUGAUUUCACUGACAGGUGGGAACAACAAUUUCGACUUGACAAUCCCAACAUAAAACACACUGAGCUUAAUGCAUAUGGUUUAAUGGCGUAUGAUACGAUCCUCAUGAUAGCUCGAGCAAUUGGAAAGAUUGCAAGAAACUCAAGUUUAAGCUUUAUGACACCCUCAACCCCUCUUGCAGUAGUAGCGAAUGCCAAAAUCAAAGUAUUCCAAGAAGGUAGAAAGCUGUUACGGGAGAUUUUCUCAACAAAUUUUGCUGGUUUAAGCGGACCUGUUAAGUUCUAUGAUGGGGAAAUGCAUGGCUGUAGUUACGAGAUAGUCAAUAUUGUGGGGAAAAGCUAUCAAAUGGUAGGGUAUUGGCCAUACAAUUCCUCUGUGUUGUUCAAAACUCCCUCUUUUGGUAACAAGAGGCUUCGAUCCGUGAUUUGGCCUGGUGGGUUUUCCACAGUUCCUCGCGGUUGGGUAAUACCAACUAGGCUGAAGAUCGCAGUACCUACAAUGUCUGGUUGGGAGCAAUUUGUCAAUGUCUCGUUUAACCCUGAUACUAAUGAGACUACAGUCAAUGGGUUAAGCAUUGAUGUAUUUCAUGCUAUUGUACGAAGGCUUGACUAUCAACUGCUGUAUGAUUUCAUUCCUUUCCCUGAGCACCGCAAUUAUUCGGAAAAUAAUCUUUAUCUUUAUGAUGAACUCGUCCGCCAAGUCCAUCUCAAGGUCCGUUUUCGUGUUUUAGUUUUUUUAACCUCUUUGGCCGCAAGAUUGGACAGUUGCAAAUUUGAAAAAAGUUCUUUGAUUGAACAGAAAUACGACGCAGUUGUAGGUGACAUUACAAUUCAAGGAAGCCGCAACGAAAUAGUGGAUUUCACACAACCCUACACGGAAACAGGCUUAGCGAUGGUGGUUCCCACGACCAUAAGGGACGAAGCCCACAACUCCUGGACAUUCUUACUGCCAUUUACUCCCCGACUAUGGGCUACAACGGCGGCAUUUAUUCUUUAUACAGGUUUAGUGGUGUGGCUGCUCGAGCGUAAAAUAAAUCCAGAGUUCAGAGGAAGUUCCAGUAACCAAGUAGUCACUCUGCUUUGGUUUGCGUUUUCUGCUAUGUUUUAUGCUCACCGAGAGAGUAUCCAUAAUAGUUUGAGUCGACUACUUGUUGCAGCUUGGCUGUUUGUAGCGAUGGUUUUAACGUCCAGCUAUACAGCUAAUCUUACUUCCAGACUGACUACCCAGCAGAUUACCCCACUCAUAAAUAACUUUGGUGACCAUAAAGUUGGCUAUCAUAGUUCAUAUGUUGGUAGUUUCCUAACUAACCAUUUUGGCGUAGCCCAAAAACAACUGGCCCUAACUUCUUCUGAAAAGGCGUAUGAGGAAGCUCUAUCAAACGGUGCAAAGAAUGGAGGCGUGGAUGCCAUUUUAGAUGAGCUCCCAUAUGUUCGUGCUUUCCUGUCUGGACGAUGCGGUUAUUCAAUGGUGGGGCGUACGUACCAUCGUGGAGGCUUUGGUUUUGUUUUCCCGAAAGGUUCUUUGUUAGUGCAAGAUUUUUCUAAAGGGAUUUUAGAUCUUAUAGACAGUGGUGAGAUUCAAGAGAUUGAAGAUAAGUAUUUCAAAGAUCCCAUCAAUAUGUGUUCUGAUUCUGCAGGAUAUUAUACAAGACUUGAUGUCGAGAACUUCCGAGGACUCUACCUCAUCAUAGGAAUAGUAUCAUCUGUAGUUGUUAUCAUAUUUUUUUCUCAAGCCCUGCACAAUUUCGUCAAAGAUCCAAGUUUUUCAAAACAAAAGCAUAGUAUAUGGAAAUGUACCAAAUCUUUUGUAAGAUAUAUAUAUUAUGAGCAAGUUUCACAUCAAACUUAUAAGGUGGAAAUGCCAACUAAGAACGACAAUCUCUCUAAUGCAAAUAACAGCUUGGAUGAUCAAAAAGUGGCAAUUCCAACAUCCUCCUUUGUAAAUGUGGAGACCAUAGAUGAUGACGACAAAUAGAUGAUGUGAGUUAUUUUUCAAACAUACACAUUACGUGAUGGAGGAAACAAACAAAUAUUAUAGUUUUUUGAAUAGUAUCUUAUGCAACUAUUUGGUUAA